CUACUGAGAAUCAACGGCAACAACGCAUCUGGUGACGUAAAUAUGUCAACGUCACUGUAACAUUGUCAGACAUCAGUAAAGUCACUCGUCAGACAUCAGUAACGCCACUCGUCAGACGCUACGCGAACUUCAUUCUGCUUCAUUAAUUUGUGUGAUUGUGUGUCCACCAGCAAGAAUUAAAAUUAUAUUACAUAACACAAGAAGGGGCCACGAACCAUGGCGUACCUCCUCAACCACAGCAUCCGCAGGUUCCUGCAGACCAGCGCCAGAAGGGCGGUGCAAAUAGAGGGCCCCUCCGCUGUCUCCGGGGGCCAUGACGGGGGCUACAAAAUCUGGAAGAACCUCACCUUCUUCGUCGCGUUCCCUUCUAUCAUCCUCUGCGGGGUCAACUGCUACUUGUCUCACCAGGAGCAUGCUGCUCACCAUACUCAGCCUGAGUUUAUCAAGUAUGAUUACUUGAGGGUGCGUACAAAGAGAUUCCCAUGGGGAGACGGAAACCAUUCCUUGUUCCACAACCCACACACCAACCCCUUGCCCGAUGGCUAUGAAGAAACCCACUGAGUUAUUGAGGAUUUCUUAGAAAGUGAAUCCCCUGCUAGCCAAUAAAAAGGAUCCCUCUCAUACCCACACACUUCUGAAAGGCUUCUCUGUUAUUUGAUUCAAUAAUACAAUUGUAGGUAGACUUACACAAAUACUAGUUCAUAAGUUUAAUUUCUCUAUAAAGGUAGUUUAGUUCAUCAAAUAAGAAAAUCAAAUAAAAAUUUAUUGUUUCAUCAUAUUUACAAAUAAUAAACCAACCUAAACAUUGCUUCUAAAUGAAAGUAUUAAUUCACUAUUCAGCCCCUGCUAGCCAGUAAACAGGUUCUCUUCAUAUCCACACACUCUUGAAAAGCUUGUACCACUUUGGCACACCUCAUUGGUUCAUUUGGAUAACACUGAUAACACUCCAUGACUGCUUGUUCUGAUUCUUUACAUGCAGGUAGCUUGAUUCCUGAUACUUGGUUC